AUGGCCACCGCUACACCGGCAACGAAGCAGUCGAAACCCCGAUACGAAGACAAGUACUCUCAGGAUCUAAGCUCCGACACGGAAUCUACCUUUGAAUACGAAAGCGAGUCUGAGCCAGAGACCAAGCCCCAAGCUAAGACGCAAGUCGCACCGUGGCGACAGAGAGAACAACAGGGGAGACGUCAACCAGCGCAAGAUCCGAAUGCGACAGCAUUACAGCCGUACCAAAAAGGCACGCCAAAGGCUGGUCCACUUACCUAUAGAGGCGGGGCUGGCAGGGAAGUUGGAAAAGAGGGCCAGACGGGCAUACAGGCGAAAAAUGAGGAGAAAGAAGAUACGGGGUUAAAGCUGCGUUUAGAUCUGAAUCUCGAUAUAGAAGUGGAAUUGAAGGCCUCCAUACACGGUGACCUGACCUUGGCUCUACUGUGA